CUCAACUAAAGCAGUUUUGAUUCUGAGCUCAUUAUAUUUAGUUACGUCUGGCUACUCGAUCGAUGGAAUUUCUAGCCUAAAUUCUGAGGUAUGGCUGAAGAUAAAGGUUCGCCGCCCGAAGAAGAAGGGAAUGUUAAUCAAGAACUUUCUGCAGUCACGGAAAAAGAUGAAGUCACAACGGCUGAUGAUGAAAAAUUGGACAACAAAAGUACCAGUUUGUCAGAGAAAGAUGAAUCGAAAACAGCUAAAGGAAAACUGAACAUUGAAAAUAACAGUUCGUCAGCCAUGGCCGAAAAUCAAAUUUCACCGACCGAGGGAAAACCGGAUUUUAAACACGAACUUAGUUUAGUCACGGAGGAGGAUGAAGUCGCAUCAGCCAAAGGACAGCAGGACAUUAAGAAAAAUAUUGCAUCAGACGCGAAUGAAGGGGAAAUUUCAUUUGAAGAAAGACCGGAUUCAGGUGAUAACAAUUCAACAGGUACAAAUAAUAAAAUUUCAGUAAAUGGCUUGAGCCCAGGGGUAACAAGUGAAAGUGUAGUGUGA